UACUUUAUUUAUUUUCGUGAUCUUUUUCUAUAAAAGUUUAAUAUUAAAAAAAAAGCAAAAGACGCAUUUGGUUCUGGUGGGCUGUUCGUAGUCUCCAAAAGCUGCAUAAAAGCUUUUCGUUUUUAGGGUUUUCCAUUCCAUCUGCUUCGGACGAAGAGAGAGUGAGCGAUAGAGAGAAAGAGAGCUCUGAGUCCGUUGAAUCACUAAAAAAUGGCGGCUUCUUCUCUGCUCAGAUCUACAGCCUCAGCUCCGUUGAUCGAAGCCUCGCGUGCUGAGCUCGCGGCCUCGUCCUCCGCUUCUUUCAAGGUGUCAAGCGUUGGAUUUGGUCGCAAUCUGAGCCGUCCAAAGGUGCAAUCAAGCAUAUUUGGCACUUCCAUCCCAAGCGGCUCGUCUUCUUUACAGAUAUGUAGCGCCAGGAGUGUCCAACCUAUCAAAGCCACAGCCACUGAGCUACCACCCACAAUCCAGAGAUCAGGGUGUGGUGGGAAGACAAAGGUUGGGAUCAAUGGGUUUGGUCGGAUUGGAAGGUUGGUUCUCCGAGUAGCAACCUCUAGAGAUGAUAUAGAAGUGGUUGCGGUCAAUGAUCCUUUAGUUGAUGCUAAGUACAUGGCUUACAUGUUUAAGUAUGACUCCACGCAUGGAGUAUUCGACGGAUCAAUUAGUGUUGUUGAUGAUUCCACCUUGGAAAUAAAUGGGAAGACGAUUAAAGUUGUGAGCAAAAGAGAUCCUGCGGAGAUCCCUUGGGGUGAUUAUGGCGUUGAGUAUGUUGUCGAAUCUUCUGGGAUUUUUACAACAGUUGAGAAGGCUUCAUUACAUAAAAAGGGUGGUGCAAAGAAAGUGGUAAUAUCAGCUCCGUCAGCAGAUGCACCCAUGUUUGUGGUAGGAGUAAAUGAGCGUACAUACAAGCCAAAUAUGGACAUCGUUUCUAAUGCAAGCUGUACUACCAACUGCCUUGCUCCUCUUGCCAAGGUGAUUCAUGAGGAAUUUGGUAUUCUUGAAGGUUUGAUGACAACUGUGCAUGCAACUACAGCAACACAAAAGACAGUUGAUGGCCCUUCGAUGAAGGAUUGGAGAGGGGGCCGAGGAGCUGGACAGAAUAUCAUCCCAAGUUCAACUGGUGCUGCAAAGGCUGUUGGAAAAGUUCUACCAGAACUGAAUGGAAAGCUUACUGGUAUGGCCUUCCGUGUCCCAACUCCUAAUGUAUCUGUGGUGGACUUAACUUGUCGACUUGAGAAGACUUCUUCUUAUGAGGAUGUCAAAGCAGCCAUCAGGUAUGCUGCUGAUGGGCCACUUAGAGGCAUCCUUGGUUACACUGAAGAAGAUGUAGUAUCCAAUGAUUUUGUUGGUGACUCAAGGUCCAGUAUAUUUGAUGCCAAGGCUGGGUUAGCACUUAGUUCUUCCUUCGUUAAGCUUGUUUCGUGGUACGACAAUGAGUGGGGAUACAGCAACCGAGUUUUGGACCUCAUAGAGCACAUGGCAUUGGUGGCAGCAUCAUAAGUCUCGGUCGCCGAGUGCCACCACAAUUUUAGAGCUUGCUGUUGCUACGAGUUUGGUUGAAGAGUAGUUAUACAAAUCCCUUUUUUUAUCAACGUUGAGAUUUAGUCGUCACAUAAUUCUAUGUGAAAAUAAUGGAAAUUCGAUUUGCAUGAGCUCUCGGCUUGUUUGGGCCAAUGCAUCAUUUGUACUGCAUUAUAAUAUACAGCUCCGUUGAAGGAGCUUUCUCCUUGAGCUCUGCCCAAGAAGCCU